GUGGAUUUAGCCGAGCAGAAUUUGACAAAUCCGGAUCGUAUCAAGAAGAUAUUAGAGGGUAAAUUGUUCCCGAUGAAAGCACUCGGUUAUUACGGUGUGGUGACUGGCAAAGGCUCAUCGGCCGAUAGUAUCGAGUCGAUCAUCAAAUACGAAGAGCAAUUCUUCGCGCAUUCGAAGCUUUUUAAGUUGCCAUCUCAAAUGACCACUCGAAAUAUGUCGUUGGCAGUGUCGGAGUGCUUCUGGCGUAUGGUUAAAGAUUCAAUCGAGUCGCAAGUUCGUUCAUGUUUAUUUAUUUUUAUUCAUUUAUUUGGAUGUUUUGAUGACGUAUUCGUUCAGGCAGAUGCGUUUCGUGCGACACGUUUCAAUCUAGAGACGGAAUGGAAGAACACAUUCCCGCUGAUUCGAGAGUUGGAUCGUGAUGAGCUGUUCGAU